AUGGCGUCGAUUCGCGGGGCCUUGCAAUGGAUUUGCAGAGAGCUCGGCCUCACCUCCGUGUGGGAGACGGGCUCGGAUGCGUGGCUCGUGAUUCUCGGGCGGACGUGCCGCAUGUUUGCCUUUGGGGCCAUCUCCCUCAUCAUCGCCCUCUUCAUGUCGUCGCUCAACUACUCCGACUUCAAGAUUGGGCUAUUUAUGACCCUUACGCUGGUCGGCGACGUGAUCCUGUCGCUGUUCACGGCGCUGGUCGCAGACCACACCGGUCGCCGCCGCAUCCUCAUACUGGGCGGCAUGCUCAUGGUGUUCUCGGGCCUCGUCUUUGUCUACUUUGAGAAUUACUGGAUUCUGCUUUUUGCCGCUGUCGUCGGCGUCAUCAGCGCUACGGGAGGCGACUUUGGGCCCUUUCGCUCCAUUGAGGAGUCGACGUUGUCGCACCUCACCGAACCCUCGACCCGUGCUGACGUUCUCAGCUGGUACGUUGCGACGUCAACGCUGGGCUCAGCCGUUGGAACUGAAGUCGGUGGCCGCAUGGUUCACGUCCUCCAGAGGUUGCGUGGCGGCACCGUUACCGAGGCGUAUCAUGACAUGUUCUGGAUCUACGCCCUGAUGGGCGCCCUGUCGGUCGUUUGCGCACUCUUCAUGAGCGACAAGUGCGAGUCGCCGGCACUGAGGGGGGAUUCGAACGAUAAAUCGGCCGAGUCAGAUCCACUCCUGGGCUCAAUGCAGGAACCACCCAUCGGCGACAUUCAACGCGACGUGAUCGCGAACGUUGAGGUUCAGAAUGAAUCGCAUGCAUCUCCGUCAGACAUGGACGCGGCCCGGCAACAAGACAUCCUGCCCACGAGUCCAGUCGGGCGGGACGAGCCACGCAGGAACCCAAUCUUUGGUCGAUUCUCGCAAAUCUCCAAAGAGUCAUUGGCUGUGUCCAUCAAACUCUGGAUCCUGCUUGCUAUCGACUCACUGGCAGACGGCAUGGUCUCCUACGCGCUGACCAACUACUAUCUUGCACGCAAGUUCGGCCUCGCCGAGUCGGCUCUGGGAGACAUCAUGUCCACGAGCUACCUCCUUAUGGCCAUCUCGUCCAUUUUCGCUGGUCCCCUUGCGCGGCACCUGGGAUUGAUCAACACCAUGGUCUUUACGCACCUCCCGUCCUCCACCGCGGUCCUCCUCUUCCCGAUUCCACAGAGCGUGGCUCUGACGGUGGUACUGCUCUUCAUUCGCACGGGCCUCAACAACAUGGACCAGGGACCCAGAGCCGCCUUUAUCGCAGCCGUUGUGAAGCCCGAGGAGCGCACCGCCGUCAUGGGCAUCACAGGCAUGCUGCGGACAUUGGCGUCGACCAUUGGACCCAGUCUGACUGGCUGGCUUGCCGGCAGCGACAGAUUCUGGAUUGCGUUUGUUGUCGCUGGCGCUUUACGGAUUGGAUACGAUCUUGGCCUGUUUGUCAUAUUUGUGAACAUGAAGCUACAUGCUCAUGAAUCGCCGGAAGAGCAUGAGCAGAGAGAUGAAGAGGCUCCUAGUGAGGCUGCGCGUGUUGUUGAGAAUUGA